AUGCAAAAUGUUCAAAAUAUAACAUAUAGUUCUAAUUAUCUGGUUACGUAUUUGUGUCAUUUUGAUAAAGAUCAUAAGGACUUUCAUGAAGAAAGCUUAACUGCACUUCAACAGAAAGCUACUUAUGGAAAACUGCAUGGUGUAUAUAAAAAAGCACUUAAUAAGGCUUUACAAAAUAAUUUACUAUUACAAAAACUCCUCAAUUUACUUCAAGAAUUUGUCGACAAAGAUUCUAGUGAGCAAUCAGAUUCUGCUAAAAGUUCACAAGCUGAUGAUACAAAUAAUAAUGGUAAUAAUUCCAUAAUGCCUCAACUAAAAAAUCCUAAGAAGCACCAUGGAAAGAGACGACUACGAGAUAGUGCAUCAACGCCGAUGCAAGAAGUGUGA